AUGAAUGAUACGAGACUUUACCAUGAGGCCGGCAAGACCUAUAUGUUACGAGAAUAUACAUCGCGAGAGAGCAAAAUUGCUAAUUUAAUGCAUGUUUCACCUUCCCUGUUCACGGAACCUAAUGAAAUAUCCCAGCAUUUACCAAUAAAGGAGGCCAUUUGUGAGAAGCUGAUAAUUCCAGAAAGAAUCGAUCCUAAUCCUGCAGACUCACAAGAAAGCUUCAAUGGCACCCUUUUCCAGCCAGCCACACUCCAGCUGACAGGAAUUCCGGGGAUGCAGAGAGACCAAGCCUGGGUGGCCCUGAUUUUCUGCAUCCUCUAUCUGAUCUCCAUCACAGGCAACCUCAACAUCCUUGCUCUGGUGGUUUGGGAGGCUGCUCUGCACCAGCCCAUGUACUACUUCCUCUCUGUGCUUUCUCUCAAUGACCUGGGGGUGUCCCUCUCUACGCUUCCCACUGUACUAGCCACAUUCUGCUUCAACUACCGUCAUGUUGGCUUUGAUGCCUGCCUGGUCCAGAUGUUCUUCAUCCACACUUUCUCUUUCAUGGAAUCGGGUAUACUUCUGGCCAUGAGCUUCGAUCGCUUUGUGGCUAUUUGUGACCCUCUACAUUAUGCCACAGUACUUACCAAUGGCCGUAUCUUGCCCAUGGGCCUGGUCAUCCUUGCCAAGAGUUUUACCACUCUCUUCCCUUUCCCCUUUCUGGUAAAAUGACUGCCCUUCUGCAAGGGCAAUGUUCUUCAUCACUCAUACUGCCUCCAUCCAGAUCUCAUGGAAGUGGCAUGUGGGGACAUCCAUGUUAACAACAUCUAUGGUUUCUUUGUGGUCAUUUUUACCUAUGGCAUAGACUCAACUUUCAUCCUGCUCUCCUAUGCGUUGAUCCUGAAAGCUAUGCUGGCUGUUGCAUCCCAGAAGCAGCGGCUCAAAGCACUCAACACCUGCAUGUCACACAUCUGUGCAGUGUUAGUCUUUUAUGUGCCCAUUAUUGCUGUCUCCAUGAUCCACCGCUUCUGGAAAAGUGCCCCGCCUGUUGUUCAUGUCAUGAUGUCCAAUGUCUGUCUGUUUGUACCCCCCAUGCUCAAUCCCGUCAUCUAUAGUGUGAAGACCAAAGUGAGUCGCAGAGGAAUCCUCAAAGUUUUCCAGAAAUCUCAGCAUUGA